GUGUUGGUUGAAGGAAUACAAGGUGGAGGCUAGUAUGGAGGUUGGCAUGGCAAAGAAGCGCAAGUUGGAAGACUCUGUGGCCCAGGAGAGCCCCCUGAAGAAGGCAAAGCCGCUGGUGCCGGCAGCAGCAGAGUCGCCUGCGACGGCUGCGACGGCUGCGACGGCUGCGACGGCUGCGACGGCUGCGACGGCUGCGCCGAUGGCGAGUCCGGCAGAGAUUGCAGAGGCCCGCAAAGCGAGGAGGAAGGCCAAGAAGCUGGCCAAGAAGGCUCGCAAGUCUGGCGUCCGCCAUGGCGACAUUUCCAUGGCUCCGAUGGCUCCGAUGCCGCUGCCUGCGGGGGCCGGCGGGGCGAUUUCCUUGACGGGCGAUGGACUGUUCUCGGCAUCGGCGUCGGCGUCAGCGGCGGCAGCGGCCUCCAUCCUCGGCCCGCCUGAGCUCGAGAUCCGGCAGACCAAGCUCAAGCGCCGCGGAAACGGUGGGAGCGACAACGCGCUGGGGCUCAUCAAGCCGUUUGACGUCCAGGCACUCAUCCUCUGGGUGCUCGGGCAGGGCGCCAUGCCGUCGUGGAUCUUUGUUCGUAACAAGUCGCGCAUCCCGCAGGUGGUUGUGGUCAUGAUCAACUCGCUCGGGCCGGACGCGUACCUCGCGCCGACGGCGUCAACGACGAUGCCGCUGCUGACCUCAACGUCCGCUUUUCCGCACGCCCUCGUGUCGCGGGCGCCCGGAUCGCGCAAGCGGGUCUACUCGUUCCUCAACGAGCUGCUCAACAUCCCGGUCAAGGCCUCCAAGACGACCAAGGCUGACAAGGCUGCGAAGAAGCUCAAUGCUCGCAGCUCGCUCCUGACCCGCGCGCUCGCCGGCCCGCUUCCGCUCCUCUACUACUGCCUCACCGACGAGGACAGGAUCGCCCAUGAGUACCCGCUUGACGGCGCCGCCGCCAACGAUCCCGAGUUCCGCUCGACAGGCUCGAGCCGACCGCCCGAGCCUGACGCCGUGGCCGAGACUCCCGACGCAUACCGCUCCCCAGUCCCGAUCUUUGCCCUCGACUGCGAGAUGGUGCGGACCGAGGGUGGUGAGCUCGAGCUUGCCCGCAUCACCGUCGUCAACUCGACAUUCGACGUUGUGUACGACGAGUUGGUUAAGCCGACCAACCGCAUCGUUGACUACGUCACCAAGUACUCGGGCAUCACGCCAGCUAUGCUUGCACCGGUGACCAAGCGGCUGGUAGAUGUGCAGAACGAGCUGCUCGCGCUGGUACCGUCCGACGCUGUCCUCGUCGGCCACUCGCUGGAGAACGAUCUCCGCGCCCUCAAGCUCAUCCACCGCCGAGUCAUCGACACUGCAGUGCUUUUCCCAGACUCGCGGGGGCCGCGCCACAAGCGCUCGCUCCGCUCGCUGGUAGCCAAGUACCUUAAGCGCAACAUCCAGACUGGUGGCUCCGCCGGGCACGACAGCGCCGAGGACGCCCACGCUGCGCUCGAGCUCGCGCUCCUCAAGAUUUCCGAGGGCCCGGACUUUGGCCAGUACCUGGCCGACUCGGAGUCGAUCUUUACCCACCUUGACCGGUGCUCCGCGCCCUCCGCCCUCAUCGACCGCGUCUCGCUCGUCAACGCUCACACCGCCGGCUCGGUCGACGCCCUGCCGUGCACCAACGAUGACGAUGUCCUCGCCGCCACGCUCAAGGCCAUCGGCAAGACCUCGCCGUCGCGGGCAGGCAAGCCCGGCUACGCCUUUAUCUUUACCCAGUUCCACGAUCUUGAGAGCCACUACCGAGCCGCGGCAGGCAAUCCGGAGCUCGACGUGGCCACGGCGCGGCCGAGGGUGCUCGCAUCCAUGGACGCUGCCGUCGCUGCCAUCCACGACGCGCUCCCGCCCAACGCGCUGAUGGUUGUCGUCGGCGGGCACUCGGACCAGAACGCGUUCAAGGCGCUGUAUGCCGCAUCGCGCGAGGCUGCCGACUGGACCGCCGACGACGAGGAAGCGCUCUGCGACGCCGCCUCCAAGGCCCGCAAGGGCAUGGUGCUGCUCGGUCUCAAGGACCCCGUCUUUACCAUGGCGUUGACCACAAAGGCAAGCUGCUCGGGCGCAACCGUCUUGUUGGCCGCGAGCACAGCCGCAGCCGCAGCCGCAGCAGCCGGCAGAUCCCCGGUCGGCAUCGCCUGUCCGGCCGGCACCGUCUUGCUCGCUCGUGCCGACGAGGUGACCGCGUAGCCGAUCCACGGCGAGAUGCCGCGGGCCUUGGGGAGCUCGCCCUCUGAGCCGAGCACGUCCGUGAGCCCGACCGACUUGCCAGUAAAGCCAGCACCGAGACGCA